AUGGGCAAAGGAAAGGCAGAAGUCGGUACGCCAAAGUACCUGGCGAACAAAAUGAAAGCAAAAGGCUUGCAAAAGCUUCGGUGGUACUGCCAGAUGUGCGAAAAGCAGUGUCGGGACGAGAACGGCUUCAAGUGCCACACCAUGAGUGAAUCCCAUCAGCGACAGAUAUUGCUGUUUGCCGACAACGCUGGCCGAUUCAUCGAUGACUUUUCGCAAGAGUUCCUGACAGGAUACCUGCAGAUACUGCGUCGCCAGUUUGGAACCAAGCGAGUGGCUGCGAAUAAGGUUUACCAAGACUACAUUGCAGAUCGGCACCAUCUCCACAUGAAUGCUACAAAGUGGCAUUCUUUGUCGGAUUUCGUCAAAUUCCUCGGCAGAAACGGCCACUGUGUGGUCGAUGAAACGGAUAAAGGGUGGUUUAUCACCUACAUCGACCGUGAUCCGGAUACCCUGGCGAUGCAGGAAAAGAUGGCCAAGAAGCAGAAGAUGGACAAGGACGACGCGGAAAGGUUGGCAGAAUUUAUCGAGCAACAAGUACAACGUGGCAAAACCGAGGACGAACCGUCUAGCUCUGGGUUUUCGGAGCUCAAACGUGACAAUGAAGAGGAAACCAUCAAGCUCGAUCUUAAAAUCGGCAUCAAACUGCAGUCUGCGCCAUCCCCGAUUAUCCCGAAAAGAACAUUCGAUGCACUGAUUGAUGUAAAAAAGGAGAAAAAGUUCAAACCAACUGAUGGCGGAAGUGACACGAAGAAGGUGUCGGCCCUGGAUGAACUGAUCAAAGAAGAGGAAAUGAAAAAAGAGAAAUCGAAUCGAAAGGAUUACUGGCUGAUGGAGGGAAUCGUUGUGAAGAUGAUUACGAAGGCCUUAGGGGAGAAGUACUAUAAAGAAAAGGGUGUAGUGGUUGAGGUUUUCGAUAAGUAUCGCGCGAAAAUCCGGUUGCUAGAAACGGGCGAGAAACUUAAGGUAGAUCAAGCGCACCUCGAAACCGUCAUACCACAGGUCGGAAAACAAAUUCUGGUACUAAACGGUGGCUAUCGGGGUUGUACAGCGACUUUAAAAGCAAUCAACACCGAACGUUUUAGCGUAACAAUCGAAAUCGCCUCUGGUCCGUUGAAAGGCAGGUUAGUGAGUAGUGUUGCGUAUGAAGAUAUAAGUAAACUCUUUGUUUGAGUUUAAUCAAUCACAAGGACGAAUAAACAUACCUUUUAGGUUAAAGA